AUCCUUGCAGUUAUAACUUUGGUCUUUGUCACAAGACAGUGUGGUGAAACUGUCAUUCGUGGCUGAGAAACUGCGUAUAUUUGCAAUUGGUGAUUAGGGAAGAAAGAAAUUUAGGGAAGAUGAAGUUUCAAUACAAGGAAGAACAUCCGUUUGAGAAAAGAAAAGCUGAAGGAGAGAAAAUACGCCGAAAAUAUCCGGACAGAGUUCCUGUUAUUGUGGAGAAGGCACCAAAAGCAAGGAUUGGUGAUCUAGAUAAGAAAAAAUACCUUGUCCCUUCAGAUCUUACAGUUGGACAGUUUUAUUUUCUUAUAAGAAAAAGGAUUCAUUUGAGACCUGAGGAUGCACUCUUCUUCUUUGUUAACAAUGUGAUACCGCCAACAAGUGCUACCAUGGGGUCAUUGUAUCAGGAACAUCAUGAAGAAGACUGCUUUUUGUACAUUGCUUACAGUGAUGAGAAUGUGUACGGCUUUUGAUGCAAGGCCGUUAUUCUUACCAGCAUGCGAAAACGUGUAAGAUCUGCUGUAAUGAGAGCUUAUGGCUGGUUGGAGUUGCAUAUUCUACAGAAAAGUAUUAUAGCAGCAAAUUUAAAAACAUAUUCCCUUGACUAAUUUUAGCAGGACUGAUACUGCAUAUUACAUUUUAUAUCAAUGUAGCAUUUUUUAAAUAGAUCGUAGCAAGGAAUCUGUGUUUUUUUUAUUUUUAUUUUUCUGGGAAACUGUGCAGACACUGCAUUUUUAGAAGCUACAAGCAUUUUAACAGAAAGUAGAAGUUUUAUUAUCCUUUUACUAUAGGAUAUUUGGAUUGAAAUUAUGACUUGUGUUUUUUGCACAGUGGGUUUGUGUAGGCCAAUACUAUGUCAUUGUUAUAUAAAUUAUGGAACACAGUAACUUUUCAGUAUGUAUUACAGACUUCCUUUAUGCCUUUAAUGUAGCAGUUCCAACUAUCUCCCAGAGGAGUUGUAAAUUUUUAUUGUAUAUAGUCUACCAACAAAUCUCCAUUGAGUCUGCAAAGUAUUCUGUGUAAAAGUUAUGUACAUUGUAUUCAAGAAAUGCCUGUACAGUAAGUACUGUAGCCAAGUUUACCUUUUGAUAAACUGCAAACACCGUAAGUGGUGAAGUAUACCAUGCAGAUGAUUGUGGUAUUUUUAUCAUCUCAUUUAUCAUGAAAAUGAUAUUUUGUGUGUAGUAGAUGUUCUCAUUCCAUUAUGUGUUAUAUUGUAUCUAACAUUAGAUUGUACAUAUUUUAUUAUUGUGCGGUUCAUUGGUUGCUAAUGCUUCCUAAUGAUUAAAAAAAAAAAAAAAGAAAAAGAAAAAAACUAAAAUUCAGAUGGAGGGUUUUCAACAGUUGGAGUUCUAUAUUAAUCCUUGUAAUAAUUCACAAAAUGUGUUUUGUCUUCUGCAUCAGAUGAUCACUGAUAACACUGAUGAUGUCUCCUCGGUAUAGCUCUGCUGUGUGUCUCCUGAGAAUGCAGCUGUCUAGCAUUUAUUCAGUUCCCAUGACGAGCAAUCCUGCCAGUUGUAUAGAGGAAUGGUGUAAUUUUCAUUCAUGUUUAACUACGUGAUAUUUAGGGGAGAUAUUUCCUCUUACUACUUGCUAAGUUGAACAAUUAUGCCAUAACUUUAUGCUUUGUACAUAUCUGUAUGCAAGAUCGAUGUGGAACCUAGACUAGCUGAAAAUAUUGAGUGAGUGACAAAAGCAGUCUGCUGUAUUUUUGGAUAACAAUAUACUGUGAGCUAUAGUAAAUAAAUUUGUUUGUCUAAUUACACUAUAAUGACUGACUUAAUCAGAAUCAAAUGUAUCCAUAAGAUCCAAGUAAAAAUUUUCUAAAUGUACCCAAUAUUCUGUCUCUCUCUCUGUGUGUGUGUAUGUGACAAAAAUAAUUAUAUUUGCAUUGCAUUGUAGCUUGAGAAGCUAUUUUGUAUAAGAAUAUAAUAAAUUAGACUAUAUGAUUCUC